CCAGAUUUCAGCUAGGUACGGAAAUUCCCAGCUACUGCCUGGGCCUGGGAACUGCGCAACGUACGACGAGGAAGCGUAAACUAGAACUUAAAGAAGUCUGUUUUAUUGUAAAAUAUCUAGGCCUAUGUCUAUCAGCAUCUUGUAAACAAUGGAUUCUGCGGAGGAGCUACAUGUCGGCCUUUCAGAAGACGACGGAGUGAUUGUCAAGGGUUUUCAGAUAUUCAAUGAAAAGGAGCAAACUAUCAGGGGCAUCAUUGAGGCUUUUCAGCAAGCCCCAGCAGUUUACAAGGUGUGUGGUAUCAUUUAUCCAGUUGGAACAAAGAAGGAUCGUGCUGUAGUAAAAUUCAGCAGUGCUACUGCGAAAGAACUGAUAGAUAUUCGUUUUUUGAAGAUUGGAAAGAAAACAAAACUGAAGAUUGAAAAAAUUAAGACUUUUAGAAUUGGGAAGAUAUUCUCAAUUAGAAUUGACCCAGUUGUGGCUUGUCUGCUGCCGAAUUUGAAAACCAUUCAUUGUGGAACAGAAGUUCAGUAUGUAGACCAUGAUGAGGAACACUACUUUGUGUCUGAUUCCAAAGAAUGCCUUCAAAUAGUUAUAGACAGCAUUAUUGAGGAGCUGAGAAAGACUCUCCUAGAACGAAAAAGUGAUAGAGUGCAACUAUCAGCUACAACACCAAGCAGUGGUGAGGAUCACAGUGAUUGUAGCAGUUGUGAGAGUUUUGUGAUUAUCAGUGAAGAAGAUUUCGGAGAUGUUACCAAACAUUCCAAUAUCAUAGCUUGCAGUGUUGUUAACACAAGUAUCGACAGCAAGAUUUGUAACUGGAAAGAUGAAGUUGUUAAGUUUCUACAAAACUUAAAAUGUGAAAAUGUAACCAUUGUUUACACAGCAGAAGACCAUGCUAUUGCUGUGUUUAAUGAUGAGGAAGGUGCCAACCGGUUGAUGUCAAGCCACAUUCAUAAAUCUCCGAUUAGAUGCAGCAGACUGAAAGUUCCUGGAGUGGUGGAUGAAAAAAAAUUGAUUAGGGUGGAACAAACUAUCUCUGCCCUUUUGCCGGAUAUUGUAUAUUGUUUCAAACAAACAUGGAAUGUGAUAACCUUGAAUGGUGAUGAAUUCAUUAUUGAUUUCAAUUAUCAACAAAUUCUUCCUAAAUUAGCAGAAUAUGUUAAACAAAAACUAAUUAAGAAGUACAGUAGCUGUCCUGAAUCAACUUCUCAAGCGAGUGACAGUGAAUCUCAGCAAAUUCCAAAUCAGCCAGAUAAUGAUUUCGGAACAAAUUCAAGCCACAGUGACAAGAAAGAGUCUAUUAAUGGCGGAAAGGAUGAAAUAAAAACCAAUAAGUCUGCUGAAUGUGUUUCAGAAGAACUAGAAAGUACUAUAGGUGAACAAUGCAAACGACACGGACUUGAUGAAAAGGAUAAGACACCUAAUCAGUCUGAACCUAUUCAAACCAAAAGCAGCAAAAUAUGUAAUAGCCAAGGAAAGAAAAGAAAAAGUAGUGUUACUGAGGAGGAAGCUCAAAUACAAGAUGAAGAUAGCAUUGAAAAUUGUGAUAAUCCUAGUAGUAAAGAUGGAAUAAUCAAAAGGCAUAAGAAAGUGGAUGCUCCACAAAACCUCCCUGCUAAAUGCAAUAUUGCUGAAGGUAAUAAAGUGAGUGUACAAAAUUAUGACACUCAGAAAGAACAAGCCAGGGAUCAAAUGAAUGACAAAUGUUGCCAUAUUAGUGAAAGUGAAGAUAUUACAGGAAAGAUUGAAGAUACUCAAGGCCAGCAUGGAGAUCAAAAUAUAGAUACAGAAGGCAAGAGACAAAAGUAUUUCCAGGAUGAUCAUCACACAAGACAAGAUAAAAUUGAGAAAGAGAACAGAGAUGAUCAAGGCCAACAAUCAGGUCAGAAUAAAGAUGCAAAAGGCAAGAUGCAGAUUGAUUCACAGGAUCAUCACAAAAGCCAAAGUCAAAUUGACAAAGAGGAGAGCAGACAUGAUGAAGUCAAACAUGCAGGUCAGAAUAGAGAUACAAAUGGCAAGCAACAAAAUGAUUCUCAAGACCAUCACACUAGUCAAAGUGAAAUUGCGAAAGAGAACACAGAUAAUCAAGACCAACAAGCAGGUCAGAAUAAAGAUACAAAGGACAAGAGACAAAAGGAUUCCCACGAUCAUGACACCAGUCCAAGUGAAAUUGAAAAAGAGAACACAGAUAAUCAAGGCCAACAAGCAGGUCAGAAUAAAGAUAUAAAGGACAAGAGACGAAAGGAUUCCCAGGAUCAUCACACCAGUCCAAGUGAAAUUUCGAAAGAGAACAGAGAUGAUUCAUGCCAACACGCAGGUCAGAAUAAGGAUACAAAAGUCAAGAGACGCAGGGAUUCCCAGGAUUGUCACACUUGUCAAAGUGCAAUUGAAAAAGUGAUCAUAGAUGAUCAAGUUCAUAAAGCAGGUCAGAAUAAAGAUUCAAAGAGUAAGAAACAAAAGGAUUCCCAGGAUCAUCACAUCAGUCAAUACCAACAAGCAGGUCAGAAUAAAGGUACAGAAUACAAGAAACAAAAGGAUUCCCAGGAUUAUCACAUCAGUCCAUGUGAAAUUGAGAAAGACAACAGAGAUGUUCAAGACCAACAAGCAGGUCAAAAUAAAGAUCUAAAGGAAAAGAAACAAAACAAUCCCCAUAACCAUCACACCAGUCAAAUUAAAAUUAAGGAGAGCAAAGAUGAUGAAGUCAAACAUGCAGGUCAGAAUAUAAAUACAAAAGACAAGAGCCAAAAUGAUUCCAAGGAUCAUCACACUAGUCAAAGUGGGAAAAAAGAGAACAAAGAUGAUCAAGGCCACCAUGUAGGCCAGAAUGAAGAUAAAAAGGGCAAGGGCCAACAAGAUUACCAGAAGAAUCUCACCAGUCAAAGUAAAAUGGAUAAAGAGGAGAAUGAACAAAAGAAAAUUGAUGGCAGGAAAAAACAAGGAAAUGGUCAACAUCACCAAGCCAAACAGAGACUAGAUAAUGAUGGAGGUAAAGUGAAACCUACAGCAGAAAAGAAACAUGAGUUGAAGCAAUCUCAAAAAGAUAAGAGAAUAAACUAUUUGACAGUACAUAAUGAGGUCUAUCAAUUCCUAAAACAAUUUCAAGAAAUGAAGCUGAAGAAAAUAGAAAGAAAUUAUAAUGUCAGCAUCAAAUGGAUGAAAGAUGAAACUCAACAGAAUCUUGUAGUUCUGUCAAAUAUUUUUAACGAUGAAGAAAGAAUGACUGCAGAGAAUGAAUUUAUUCAACUGUACCAAGAUGUUUCAAACAGUGUUAAGUUACAGAACAUUCCAGUGCAAAAUCAUAAGUCAUCUGAUAUCAAACAGUCUCUCAAAAGAACAAUGCAAGAAAGUAAAAAUGUUUUGCUUCUACAUAAAGAUAACAAUGUUUUAUUUAUUGGUGAUGAAAAUGAUGUAACCCAGGCAAAGAAAAUCUUCAAAGGGCUCCUAGGAAUUCCUGCUGAAGAAAAACGUCUAAAAAAAUCAGUUAAGGAAACUGAAAAAUCAUCUGGAAGUUCAUCAAAAAUUACAGUUGGAAAAGGAGUCAAAGUCAUCGUCAGACAAGCUGACAUCACCAGUGAAGAUGUUGAUGUGAUUGUCAAUGCAGCCAAUAGUAGACUUAAGCAUGAUGGAGGUGUUGCAAAAGCUAUUGCUGUGAAAGCUGGUAGAGCUUUAGAUGUUGAAGGUCAAAGGAAACUAAGAGAAAGAGGAAGUGCCUUGAAUGUGUCAGAGGUUUUACACACCGGUGGUUACAAUCUGAAUGCAAAAUAUGUUUUGCAUGCAGUUGGACCAAUACGACAGCAUGCAAAUUGGCAUAAACAUGACCAAUUUUAUCAAUUGCUUAAAGACACUUUCUUUAAUUGCCUGGAAUAUGCAGAUGAAGAGCUUAAAGCAAAGAGAAUUGCAAUUCCACUAAUUAGCUCCGGAAACUUUGGAGGAGGAAAACGUGAAUGUGCAAAAGCAUUGGCAACUUCUGUGAAUGAUUUUGCGCAAAUAGACAAAUUAAGAAGCUUGAAAGAAAUUAGACUUGUCAAUAUUGAUGCCGAGGCAACUCAAGAAAUUCAGACUCAGAUUGAUGCAAUCAGAGAUGUCCCAAGAUCCCAGUGUAUUGCAGUUGCAGGAAACAUUAACAAUAUUACAGAUUUAUCCAAUGCUGUAAUAGUGAAUGGGUUUAAAGUCUGCAAAUCACUGGAAGAAACUAAAUUAAAUCUGGUAAUGCUUCUUCUUAAAUGCACAUAUGGAAAAGGUCGAGUACUGCAAGUCAUUUAUCCAGUUGAGAAAUUGCCAAGGAAAGCAAUUAUUAUAUUUGAAGAACUGAGAAUUGCUAAACCUUUAAUCGAUGAUGGAGAAUCAACUACUAAUACUCAACAAAAUCUAUUGUUCCAAUCUAUUGAAGUAGGCAUUCACUGGGAAGCAAGUAUCCUGGACUUAAGUAUGAUUCCGUCAAGUAUCUUUAACAGAUUUCCAGUAAGAUGUGAGGAUCUAGGUGGUGGGAGGCUGUUGUUGGAGAGUCAACAGAGUACAGAGGAAAUAGAAACUUAUUUCAAUAAUGAACUUGAGAAGUGGCUUAAUACUCAAGUUGAUGGAGUAGAUCAGGAUAGUAGUGUUCAUUGUGAUGCCAAGGGAAAAUUCAGCAUAUCUCAGUGUGUGAUUGUGACAGGAUUUGAAGAGUUUCGAAGUCAAGCGACAACAAGAGAUAAACUACUAAUAUUUCUGUCCAGACAGAAAUAUGGGGGUGGUGAUGUUGAGGGAAUUGUGUAUCCAUUUGGAAAUUCAACAAAAAAAGCAAUGGUAAUUUUCAGCGACACAAAAGUUGCGAGGUCUUUGAUAGAAGCCAGUGAAAUGUCUGAUGGUAAAGGACAGAGUCUUGAAAUAUAUCCUUUCAAAAAAUACAGGAAAGUUGACUUGCAGCACCUUCAAACUCUUCUACACUUAGCACCCUGGUGUGCCUUCAUGGAUGAAAAUGAUGCUGAAAAUUCGUGGGAAGGGUUUAUGGUCCUAAUCGAAGCAGCGAUACACAAUAGCAUCCCAAAAAUAAGAAAGCGCUGCAAACACCGUUCACCAUGA